AUGAAGACAGUCCCUCCAAAUCCACAGGCGUGGAAGGCUUUGCCGCCUUCGCCAGAUAAAGUUGCUGCAGAGAAGCCGACAACGCCGAAACACAGACGCUCGUCCAGCGUUUACAGCCGGGCGGUGCAAUCGUGGGAGGUUCCGAAGUCGUGGGAGUACCCAGAAGUUCCGCCGUUACCACGGAUACCCUCGCCAUGGGAGUACGAGGAAGUCCCUCCGAUACCGAGCAAGUUCGUGCCACAGACUAAAGCCAAUGUUGUUAGCAGUAGUCGAUCUCCAGGGUCGAAUCAGCCUUCCCUUCCCGCUCACGAGCUACGAACAUAUUCGCCUUUGAUACCGGACCCCUCUUCCAGUCCAUCCACUGUAUCCGCACGCCCGGCGUCAUCCCUGCACUCUAACUCCCCCAUCCAGGAACAAGCUCCUGUCCAAAAUCACCCACCUCCUGCACAGUCUCCGCAGAGCUACCAGAAGCCUGGAGUUCAAGUGCAGGAUUUCGGCGCAGCCCAGGCCUCUUAUUUCACCACCGGGUUUGGGAAUCAGCACCGCGAAGAACACGAUGGCGUGUCACUCUCUAGUUCACCGGCUCCUCCGACGCCAGAAGACCGCUCGACGGCAUCACGGUCUUCGUCACCCGAUCGUGCUGCAUCCGCUUCGCUACGAAGUCCGACACGUAAGUGUCAGCCGCAGGAUACUGUUCAAGAUAGGCGCGAUAAUGCGCCUGGUUCAUACGGCACGGAGUCCUCUCCUGUAAGAGGGCGCGGGCUCAUACCGCAUGCGCCGCCGCGAACGCAGUAUUACAACCACUACAUAGAGUCGGAUCAACGCUACAGCCUAACCAAGGCGAUAGCGCGCAGAUCGAGCGUAGACGAUGCAGAGGACGAGUGGGAAGACGAAGACGAAAAGGCGCAUCGGCAAAGUUUGGCGAAAGAAUACCACAGCACGCUCGCUGAGCAAUACAGGGACCUUUGUGUGCCGCAGCCUGGCGUAUUUGACGCAGAGUGGAACAACGAUCCAGAUAGUGAAGACACUGGGAGAGACAUCAAGCUCGUACCUGAGCCUUUGUUCUACAAGCCCGCGGUUCACAUCCAGCGGCCCAGUGUCGCAAGCUGCAGGGCGGAAGAAGAUACCAAGCGAGAUAGCAGACAGAGCAGUGGUCUCAAGGCGCAUUUGAAGUUACCGUCGCUGUCUGAAGGACCACUGAAGCUAGCGUUGCCACAAAGAGCCCGCCGAAACAGCAGCACAACUGGCUUGAUUCCUAUAUCGCCGCCCUUCGAUAAAAUGAGCUAUUCCGUCGAACGUAAAGUAGCCGUGUCAGGUAUCAGAGCUGCCACUCAACGUCGCCGCAACAACGGAGCAUCCGUCAGAGUAUCCGCGUAUUACCCCCGGACCAAGCCAGCUACUCCCCCGAAGGGCAGAGUCAAAAUCAGAGGCAAGAAGUCCAAGGCCCAGACGGAACACAUCCCACCACUCAAGCUGCAGCUUCUGGAGUCCGUCGCCUCGACUCCACGAACGCGCUCAAACGCAUCAAGCAUAUCCUCCAUACACAGCGAGGCACCAUCCGACCCCAUCAAGACCCCAGCCGGCGUACGCAAACCUCCCCUCCGCGCAGACACAUACCCAUCACCCUUCAAGCCCCCAGCCCUAGCGCGCACGCCGUCCCCCCGCCGCCUCCCCCAAAACGCCCAAUCCCAACCCCUCUCCCUCUCCCGAUCGCGCUCCCCGGCCCGCCGCCCCCGCAUGCCCCGCGACCCCAAAAUCGGCCACAUCGACCACGACUACCGGCACCAGACCGACAGCGGGACACCGCUCUACCCGUUGUCCCCCCACCCCUCUCCUCACCCGUCUCCGCGCCCCUCAGACUCCCACAACCGGCCGCUGCCGCAGACGCCCGACAUGAAGUUCCCGAAACUGCUGGACCGCGCGGACACGCCGCCGCAGACGCCAGCGCAGCGGCACAGGCGGGAGGGCAGCAGGGCGGAGAAGGUGGUCGCGGGCGUGCAGCAGGUGUUCCAUCGGGCGAAGAGGAGUGUCGAGAGUGCGCAUUCCGCGGGCAGUGGUGGGGGAGGGGGGCCGCAUUUGCCGUUUGUGCAUGAGCAGAGGGCAGCGGCGGGUGGGAAGGCGCUGCAGCCGCAGUUGGUGCGGCGGGAGACUUUUCCGGUGGGUAGAGGGGAGAGGGCGGAGAAGCGGGCGGAGAAGAAAGGUCCGGGUUUGCCGUAUCGGCCGUCGUUGUUCGAGAAGGCGAUGGGGGCGAGGAGUGAGGCGAAGGCGGCGAAGCGGAGGGAGGAGAUCAAGAAGAGUAUCAGGGUCGUGGGACGUGGGGAUCUGAACGCUGGGGGCGGGGUAGGAUGA